AUGGACGCUGUAGCCGUGCUCCACAGAGAAGCAGAUGUCGAGAAUGUCACCUUCGUCUCCGAGAGGGAGGGCGAGCAGAGCAUUCGAUACGACGGCGAUUUCACGGCCUCGAGCCUAGAGCAGUGGGUCCGCAACAGGCUCACGAAGUCGGAGCCGAUACCGAGGUCCCCGGACAUGUACGGGGGUUCUUUGAUAGCGGUGGGCCACACCUUGGAGGAGAUUGUGAUGCAGCCCUCGACCCCGAUGGCGGACAAAAAAGACGUCUACCUGAUGGUAUACGCCUCGUGGUGCGGCUUCUCGCGAAAAUUCAUGCCCAUCUGGGAAGAGUUCGCUAUCAGAGCUUCGAGGGUGCCGCACCUAUCUGUUGUCAAGAUGGACGGGUCCCUGAAUGGCUCUCCCCUCCAAGAUCAAGGUUUCAAGUGGGAAUCCUACCCGAAGGUGCUAUUUCUCCGGGCUGGAGAUACCACGCCAGUUGCAUUUGAUGGAGAGCGAUCCGUCAAGCAUCUCGCUGCUUUUGCCAACGAGCACGGCAGCAAGGCUUUCGACCUUGAGGACGAGGUGAACCAGACCCGCUUGGACAGGGCGUUGCGCAUGGAUGACGACGAGGGAGAGUUAUGA